UAAUGAUUACAUUAGAUCAAGUAAUAGAGAAUAGUGUGCAUAUGGGUAAAUUCUAAUAUAUAGUACUUUUGAUAAUAUCACUGAUAGAUUUUGCCGAUGGAAUUGAGAAAACAUUAAUUGGAACUCUAUAAUCAGUUUUAAAACAAUAAUGGAAAUUAGAUGAUCUUAAAAUUUCAUUAAUGACUAGCUCAUAUUUUAUAGGUAUAGUUAGUGGGACUUUAUUAUGUGCAUUUUAUGCUGAUAGAAUAGGGAGAGCUAAAACUUUACUUUAUUCGAGUUUAUUUGCAUUUUUAUUACUUUUAUGGCAUAGUCUUGUAUAAAGUUUUUAUGAGAUUCUAAUUUUAAGAUUCUUUUUUGGAGUAAUAUUUGGUACUACAAUUCCUUUAGGACAUAUUGUUAUAAGUGAAAUAGUACCUGCAAAGAUUAGAGGUUAAGUAAUGACAAUAGUAGCAACUGUUUUUAUUAUUGGAAAGAUUUAUUGUACAGGAUUGUAAAUGAUAUUUUUAGAUGAUUAUAAAUCAGGUCAUUGGAGAAUGCUAUUAAUAGUCAAUAGUAUUCCUUUGCUUUUAUGUUUUAUAAGUUCAUUAAUUUAUUUAAGAGAAUCUCCAAGAUUUUAUUUUACUAAAUAAAAUUACGAUUAAGGAUUCAUAGAAUUAGAACAUAUAGGUAAAGUAAAUAAUGGAACUUCAUAUUAAUUAACAGAUGAAUAAAAAUAGGGAAUAUUGGAAUAAUAAUAAUAAAUUAAUUAGGAAUAACAACCAAUUAAAAGUAUUAAAUAUUUGUUUUCAAAGUAAUACAUCAAUUUCACUAUCAGAAUUUGGAUAGUAUUUAUGUUAACUUCAAUUAUUGAAACCACUCUCUACUAUUUAAUGCCAUUUUGGUUAGGAGAUUCUUAAAAGGGAUUUAUGGCAUAAAUGUAUAUGAUGCUUGCUGAAUUAAUGGCUGGAAUUGUUGUAUAUUUUAUAAUUGAUAGUAAAAAAACAGGAGGUAGAUCUAAAUUAGUUUUAAUCUUAUCAGUUAUGAUAUUUUUAACUAGUCUUUUAUUAAUUAUAUUUGAAGAUGUAUUUCUUGUUUAUGGAUUAACAAUUAUAUCAUUUUUACUCAAAGUGAUGUUUACAGCUGAAAUGGUUAUUAUGAAUGAAAAUUAUACUACUUAAUAUCGUUCAAUGGGAGUAGGUAUGACUUAAACAGUAGGUAAAUUUAUGGGUGUUAUAUCACCAUAUUUUAUUUAUCCAAUGUAUUCUGAAAAUCCCUAUUCUCCAUUUUAUUUGUAUGCUGCUUCAAUGGUUAUUCUUGCCAUUUUAUCUGCCACAUUACCUUUUGAUAUGACUUAAAUAGAAUUAGAUAAUAUGGAUGUAUAUAAAUAGAAAUAAAAUAAAAAAUCAUUAGUUAAUAGUUUUUGAUUCCCC